UCCCGCCGCGGCGCCUGCAGCCGCAGUGACAGGCGAGCCCGGGCCGGGUGGCGGAGAGGAAGUGCGGGGCCACCGCGCCAAGCCCGUCCCCGCCGAGGCCGGCUCCCCCCCGGGCGGGUCGGGGGACAGUGUCGCCGCCGCCGGGGCGCAGCGCCGGGCACGCGCCGGGCCGAGCCAAGCGCCAGGCUCAGGCUUCAGCAGAGACGCGGGGAAAAUGGCUGAUGACUUUGGCUUCUUCUCGUCUUCGGAGAGCGGGGCCCCCGAGGUGGCGGAGGAGGACCCGGCGGCCGCGUUCCUGGCCCAGCAGGAGAGUGAGAUCGCAGGCAUAGAGAAUGACGAGGGCUUCGGGGCACCUGCCGGCAGCCUGGCGGCCCUCGCGCAGCCGGGACCCGCGAGUGGGGCUGGUUCUGAGGACAUGGUGGGGACCACAAUCAAUGGAGACAUGUUUCAGGAGGCCAACGGGCCCGCCGACGGCUAUGCUGCCAUCGCCCAGGCCGACAGGCUGACGCAGGAGCCUGAGAGCAUCCGCAAAUGGAGAGAGGAGCAGAGGAAACGGCUGCAGGAGCUGGAUGCCGCCUCUAAGGUGACGGAACAGGAGUGGCGGGAGAAGGCCAAGAAGGACCUGGAGGAGUGGAACCAGCGCCAGAGCGAGCAAGUUGAGAAGAACAAGAUCAACAACCGGAUCGCUGACAAAGCAUUCUACCAGCAGCCAGAUGCUGAUAUCAUCGGCUACGUGGCAUCUGAGGAGGCUUUCGUGAAGGAAUCCAAGGAGGAGACCCCAGGCACAGAGUGGGAGAAGGUGGCCCAGCUGUGUGACUUCAAUCCCAAGAGCAGCAAGCAGUGCAAAGACGUGUCCCGCCUGCGCUCGGUGCUUAUGUCCCUGAAGCAGACGCCGCUGUCACGCUAAGAUGCCUACCCCAAGCACGGCCACAAAGCGUGGGCGGGGAGGGGCAGAGGGGCAGCCCUGUUGGUCAGGAUGGAAACCACCUGCAGCAGCUGCCACCCACAGCCUGUUCCAUUCCUCACCAAUUCCCGGGCCUGGGAAGGGGAACUUCGGUCCUCUCACUCCUCAUACCCUCCUGGCCACAUGGCUUAGACCCCUACACCUCCUGUCAGUCUGCUCAGUUGUGACUGUCCCUCUUGAUGUAUUUUUUUUUCUUGGCUUAAAGGAUGUGUUGUUAACUCUUUUUACA